AUUGUUGUCAUCUUUUGUGGAACUGAGGAAAUAAGGAAACAGACUAUGUGUGGCAUCUAUGCUGGCCUCCCGAACAAAGAAAAUAUACACCAGCUGAUUCUUGUCCUGCAAAGUAAAAUGAACUCCUAUGCUCGGAAAGAACUGGAGAAGUAUCCAUUUAAAGUUGAGACUUUCCAUAUUUGUGACUUGCUGGUCAAUAUUACAAAGCAUGCUCUGAAUCCAAAGCUCGAGAUACUCACUGCCGAAGAAAAGAACAAGCUGCUAACGAAGUACAAGUUGGAAGACAAGCAGCUCCCUCUAAUGCUGGAAACUGAUGGAAUUGCUCGAUACUAUGGAUUGGAGAAAGGGAAGGUGGUGAAAGUUACUUACUGUGGUGGAGUUGUUGGUUCCCUCAGAACUUACCGUUGCGUCGUCUGAUCCUUCUACACGACUUACAUGCCACUUUAUGAAGUGAUGACAUACAAAAUAAAGAAGUCACUUUAGUCAUGUUUUGACUGGAUUCAAAAACAGGUUUUGAUUUAAUGGGUUUGUAUUUUCUGUGUUACUUACAUAAAGUACUAUUAAUUAGAACUACUUUCUAUAGUUCAGGGGAUGGCAAUUAUGUCCUUAACAUAAUUCAAUUAGUAUCAUCGGUUGUGCUUUAAGUGA